CGUUGCUGUUGUUGACAAAUAUGUCAACUUCCACUACAACUACAAGCAGACAAGCGUUAACUAAAACAUGGGAGAAUAUUAUCUUGUCAGAAGACAUUUGACUAGUGGUAAAUGGACACACAUCUACCUGCAUCGAGGGAUGACUCGGAUCUUGCUAAGUUGUAUCGUUUCGAGCUGAUCAGCUCCACCUACCUGUCCCAGAGGUCGCUGUCCACUGAAGCCACGCCCGUCGCCAUGGAGAGACAGACGAAGUCUGCAUCGCCGGCGCUAGACGCUGGAUUUCCUCCGCUCGUCGUCGUCGAGUUCUGCAAGGACGUGCAGCAGGAGCUGCUGGACUGGAUGGUGACGCGGCUGCGCGCGGGGAAAAGCGUAGGGGGCGCUGAGCUGCUGGUUAGAGUCGCCGCGGACAGGAUGGGAAGGUACAAAAGUGCAUGAACAAGGGCGUGAUCGUUCAGAUGUACCCACUGCAUGAGCGAGACACCCUGAAGAGGCUAGGACACGACUGGUACCAGAAUCUUGUUGCCAUUCAACCACUGGACGACAUCCGCUCGUACUUCGGCGAGAAGCUUGGCGUCUACUUUGCCUUCCUGGGCUUCUACACGCAGGCGCUCGUGCCACCCGCCCUCAUCGGCAUCGUCUACUUCCUGCUGUCGUGGGACAACGUCAACAAGCACACGUUCUUCGCCGGGUUCAACCUCAUCUGGGUCACGGUGUUUCUGGAGGCGUGGAAGCGACGAUGCAACGAGCUCGCGUAUGGGUGGGGAACGAUCGGCAUGCAGACCGUCGAGGAGCCCCGCGCCGCGUUCAAGGGUACGAUGGGGGUGAAUCCUGUGACGGGAAGAAAUGAGCCAACGUCCCCAUCCUGGAAGAGGAAUGUGAAGCUCUAUGGAGCAUCACUGCCAAUCGUGAUGGUCUGUCUCAUCGUCGCAUUCUAUGUGAUGCUGAUCUACUUCCGUCUUGAGUUCUGGGCUCAAGGUCGCUACAAGCUUGACCCGACACUGUUCAACCGUCUGCUGCUGUUUGUGCCAACCACCCUCUACGCUCUUGUGGUGCUUAGCAUGAACGCUGCCUAUCGGGUGCUAGCAACCAAGCUCACAAACUGGGAAAACCACCGGCUACAAUCAUCCUACGAGAAUCAGCUUAUCGUUAAAUUAGUCCUUUUUGAUUUCAUCAACUGUUUCAUGUCCCUGUUCUACAUUGCAUUCGUCCUACAAGAUCUGAGACUGCUCCGAAUAAGCCUGGCAACACUCCUGAUCACGAUGCAGAUAGUAGGGCAGAUGCAGGAAGUGUUGGUGCCAUACCUGCUCAAAAAGUACAAGAAAUGGGAGCUACAAAAGCAGGGGAAAGAAAAUGGAGAGGAGAAGUUUGAUGACAUGGAAAUGCAGAAAAGACAAGCAAAAUAUCCCGGAACGUUUGACGACUAUCUGGAACUGUUUUUGCAAUUUGGUUACGUCUUCCUGUUUUCGUCCGCCUACCCCCUGGCUGCCUUCUGGGCUCUACUUAACAACGUUCUGGAAGUACGGACCGACGCUUUUAAACUGUGCAGGGUUUUCCAAAGGCCAUUUUCGCAUCUGGCUGCAUCAGUUGGAGCGUGGCAAGUUGCGUUUGAGGUUAUGGGAGUAAUAGCGGUAAUUACAAAUUGUGCCCUGAUUGCUAUAUCACCGCAAAGCAAGUCAUUCUUCCCAGAAAGCAGCACAACAGAGCUGCUACUGAUCUUUGUCGGAAUUGAGCAUCUGAUUCUGGGUGCCAAGUUGUGCAUAGCCUACCUCGUCCCAGACACACCAGAGUGGGUGGAAACAGCGCUGGCUAAGAUUGAACAUCAGUCUAGAGAAGCACUUAAACACGAUAGGUCACAGCAAACAAGAAGGCUAUUUGAGAAGGGUUCUUCCUUGGACAUUGACUUCCCUGAACGUUCUGGUCCAGUUGAAACAGAAAUAUAAGCACAUUUGCUAUAUGUUGCAUCGACCUGCAGCAUACAAUUAACACCUACAGCAAUAAUAUUAUGUAUAUUUAAAUAAUCUGACCUUUUAAUAUUACAUUAUAUUGUCUUCCGUUGUGCUAUGCAAUAACUUUACUGGCAGAAAUGUGUUUAUUCCGUACUAAAUUUUAGUGAGCGAUGAUAGCGUUGUUAGCGAGAGGUUUUCACGAUGUACUGUCGUCUGUAGCAGUCAUGCAUUUAGUCGUGUUUUUUUCUCUCUGGAAACUAGAGACGCUCGAGUCAAAGUUAUUUGCGUGCAAUGUAUGUUGUGUAUGUGUAUGUUGUAGCUUUUACUGACAAUCAUCAUCAAAUGUCGCUUUUAUAAAACCAUUCUUAGUUAUUCAGGAUCAUUUGGGAAUUAGGUAAGUCGGUACUGCAAAAAUAAUUUAAAGAUACAGGUGAAUGGGUUUAUUAUUUAUAAGUUUUUAAUCGGGCAAAGAUGGGUGAUGUAGUAGUAAGGUUGGUGGAUUAAUUAGGAUGUGGUUAAAGAUGUAAAAAAUAUUUAUUUUUAUAUAUAAUAAUGUAGCUCAUCUUCCACGCGUUCUUGCAGAUGUAGCAUAACAAGCUAAACGCUGGUGUGUUUGUAUAUCUAUGAUAUUUAUUGCGCAGGCAUGAUAAAUUGUACUGUUCAGACUCCCGCCUCUGCGAUGCCAAUUUUCUGCAGCAAGCAGCUUUUUCCCUCGCUGGGCAUUGAUUACACUUGCAGUCCUUCUAGCCAACCAUGCACCCUGCUGGUGACAUUGAAACAGCUGUGCUAUGCUGGGUAACCAAGAGAUCUAUCCUUAUAGCAGCAGCUUUAUCAUUCCCGCUCUGCGAACAGUAAUUUCGGUAUCAUGUGUGUCAUAUUUGCUAGCGUAAAGGUCGUUCUUUACAACUGUGUCGUUUGAGAAAAGUAAUAGAAAUCGACUUGGGCGCAGAAUGUAAAAAUGAUUUUAUGUCUUCCUUGAGAAGUUCGUGAAAAUGCUGUCCUUUUUACUUUUCGCUAGGAAAUGUGAGCGAGAGCAAUUUUCUGCUUUCAUCGACAGCUUGUUUUGAUAGUUUUUAGUUCCUUGCUUUUACACUAUCCGUGUAUUUUUUUAAAGGCGAGUUAUACUAUUAUAUGUUUUAGUUUAACUUUCCUAUUGUUGGUAAUAAUCAUUUAUUAAUAAUAAUAUAAUGGCAAAUAUAUAGUAUACCACACAGGCGUGCAAACUUGAGGUGGUAAAUUUAUGGUAAUAUUUAUCAGCAUUUUACAUAAUUGUAUAUGACUAAAUCUGCAUAAAUAUAAACGUAUUUAUGCACAUAUUUGCUUAUCUGAAACACUUAAUCACUGCUUAUCAGCAUCCGUAAAUAAACAAGUCGCCAUUACUAAUGUAUGGUAAUUACAAAGUAGUAAGCGAUAUGAAGAAUACUGUCAUCUUGAAAAGUCUGCAGUAACUAUUUCGGGGUCUGGAUGACGAACUUUUAUUGUAGCUGUUUAGAUACAGUACAGGGUGUUAUUGUUAUUAAACUCACUCGCAAUUGAAACAUUUUGAAGUCUUUAUCGGGUUAAAAUCAGCGAAUUUGGCAAAGAUAACGUUUAAACGUAGGAAAGCUUUUAUGCGUUGAGUGCUAUGUACUGACGUUUUCAGCUGGUUAUUUCUGCUAGUAAGAGCCGUUUCGCCUUUCUGUGAACAUUUGUGCAGUCAGAUUAUCCGAGAGAGUACAACAUCUUUACCUCUUUUAAAAUAUGAAUCUCAUUGUUCUUCCUUUACCGUACAGUUAUGCUACCUGUGUCAAAUGUUUUAUUAAAAGGCCGUUUACGAUA